AUGGCCACCCCAACGAAGAUCAAUGUCUCGCUUCCCCAGCUCGCUAAAAUGAUUGAUCACUCCCUCCUCCACCCCACGAUGACUGAUGCAGAAAUUCGUGAGGGUCUCGAGCUUAGUAAAAAAUACAAGGUCGCAACUGCCUGCGUCAAGCCCUACUCCAUCCCAUUGGCUCGUGAGGUGCUCUCCGGUAGUGGAGUACUCGUCUGUCCUGUCAUCGGCUUCCCCCACGGGAAUAGCACAACUGCCAUCAAAGUUCAAGAGGCAGCAGCUGCCGUGGAUGCGGGAGGAGAUGAGAUAGACAUGGUUGUGAACGUCGGGAAAGUAUUGGGUGGCGAUUGGGACUACGUUACAGAGGAAAUCCGACAGAUCAACCAAACGGUUGUUCAGAAGGGCGCUAUCCUGAAGGUUAUCUUCGAAAACGAUUACUUGAACGAAGACCAUAUCGUCAGGUUGUGCGGAAUUUGCUCCGACCUUGGCGUCGCGUUCGUCAAGACAUCGACGGGGUACGGCUUCGUCAAACAGUCGAACGGAUUUUACUCGUAUGAUGGUGCGACAUAUCCGCAUUUGAAGCUGAUGCGGGAGAAGUCGGCUUCGGGCGUGCAGAUCAAGGCGGCCGGGGGAGUACGAACGUUGGAUGAUCUAUUGAGGGUUAUGGCCCUUGGUGUGACGAGGGUUGGGGCCACCGCUACAGUUGCAAUUCUAGAGGAGGCAGAAAAGAGAGGCAUUGGAGAGGAACCAAUAGAAGUUGAGGUUGAGUUUAAUUGA